AUGGUGACUUAUCAAAUAGAGCCCCUGUAUGAUGGUCAGGUCAGCUCAUCAUUUGCCACAACUCGUUCGCCACUCGAAUUUUUCUCCCUGAAUCCAGACAAUGGCAUCCUGUGCUUACGUCGACAACUUGACUUUGAAGAACAGACCAGCCAUAUCUUUUGGGUUAUUGCAUCUGAUAAAGGCCUCCCUUCGCUCUCUUCGACUGCUUUGGUCAAAAUUAUCGUGCUUGAUUACAAUGAUAAUCCACCUAUUUUUGAUGGCCAAAAACUUGAUUUGGACAUGGUCACUUCUCAUUCGAAUCCUUUCGGUAUUCCUUCCUGCCAGCCCACUGUUCAUUUUAACGCUCGUGCUUCCGCAGGCUCCUUUGUCACCCGGGUCUCAGCAAACGACCAGGAUUCUUCCGACACACUUACUUAUCGUAUAUUGUCACCUUCAUUGCCUCUGACCAAAAAUGCUGGCCGUCGCACCGUCUUACACGAUCUCUUCGACACCGACGACUCAAGUCCAGUUAUUUUA